UCAGGCCAGAUGCUGCCCUGAGAGGGAACGGGGGAGAAGACCGAGACGCCCGGCAGGGCUGGGGGGCCAUGGGACAGGAGCGUGGGGCAGGGUCCCCGGUGUCGGCACCGGGAUAGCUGCAAGUCAGAGGGUGCAGGACCAGCUGAGAGGGGUGGGGGGGGAGGGGCCGAGCUGCCUGAGUGGGGGACAGCGGCGGGGGGGGAGAGGACUAGGACCCAGAGCACUCCCAGCCCCCCAGGCAGGGGGCGCCGGCUGCACCCAGGCCUUGACCCCAACCGACCCUGAGAGCCCACAUGGGCCGCUGAGUCUAAUUUGAGCUCCAGCCGCAGGGCCCACAGCCUGGGAGUGCCCGCCAGUGGGCACAGGGGCAGCCAGGGCUACUCAGGGGCUGCUCAGGCAAGGGGAGGAUUGGGGAGGCCAGCCCCCCUUCUGUCCAGCCACACACCCUGGCCAAGCCACCUCCUGUGAGAGCCCUGACGGGUCCCCCAUGGCCUGGCAGACUGCCUGCCUCCCUGCUGAGGCCAAGGUCAGGGGGUGCAGCCAAGAGGGCAGAAGGACGUGGCCUUGCAGUGUGGUCAGGGGAUUGCAUCAGCCUGAGCAGUGCCCAGGGGCAGGGGGCCCUGCUGGCAAGGUGGGGGUGGGGGUGUCAAAGCCUGGCUUGAUUGUCCAAAGGCCAAGGAAGUAGAUUCCUGACUGCAAGAAGGCAAGGCCACGAAGCCGGGUCCUACCUGGCCUCCUGGUGCCUGGCUGGUGACUUGCGGUGUGACCUCACACAGGCAGCCUGUUCUCAAUGGGCCUCAGUCUUCCCAUCUGUACGAUGAAGGCGCUGAACUAGAAGGCAGAUCCCAGCUCCAGCGACUCGCCCUCAAGCCCCUGCUCCUCCUGCUUCCCCCAGCCCUGGCUGCGGGUGGCCACAUGCAGUCGUGGAGAAGAAAGUCCCUCUGGCUGGCACUGUCGGCCUCUUGGCUCCUCGUCCUUCUGAGAGUCUUCCCCCUUCUCCGCCUGGCAGUGCCUGCCAGACCUUGGGUAGGGGCCCCCCAAGGCUGGCCCCGCUGGCUGGAUGCAGAGCUCCUGCAGAGUUUCUCCCAGCCUGGGGAGCUCCCAGAAGAUGACCCUCAACCUCCUCAAGCCCCCCGUGGUGGCAGCUGCGACUGGGGAGCUUGCUUUGAUGUCUCCAAGUGCAGGGGUGGUGGUCUCAAGGUGUUCGUGUACCCGGUGGCUGGCCCGAUCUCUGACACUCACCGUGGGAUCCUGGCUUCCAUUGAGAGCUCUCGAUCCCGCUCCGUCAGCCCUGAUGAGGCCUGCCUCCUCCUCCUCCUCAGCCUGGAAGCCCCCACCGGAGAGUGCAGCCCAGUGCCCCAGCAAUGGAAUGGGGGCAGGAACCAUCUGGUCCUCAGUCUCCACUCAGCCUUCUGCCCCCAGACCUUUCAUCUGGGACAGGCGAUGGUGGCCAAGGCCAGCCCCACGGUGGACACCUUCCGGCCUGGCUUUGACGUGGCCCUCCCGCUUCUCCCUGAAGCCCACCCAUUGCGAGGUGGGGCCCCUGGCCGGCUGGGACAGCACAGCCCCCACCCUGGGGUGCCCCUGCUAGCCCUGGCGGAGGAGAGGGGCGGGUGGCGCACAGCAGUCCCUGACUCCUCUGCCUGCCCCUGGGAUGGGCGCUGUGAGCAGGACCGUGGACCUGAGCAGACCCACCCUGGGGCAACGCUACCCAAUGCCACCUUCUGCCUCAUCCCUGGCCACCGUCCUGAUGCUUUGCACUUCCUCCAAGCCCUGCAGGCUGGCUGCAUCCCAGUGCUUCUCAGCCCUCGGUGGGAGCUGCCCUUCUCCGAGGUCAUCGAUUGGACCAAGGCGGCCAUCGUAGCUGACGAGAGGCUCCCAUUUCAGGUCCUUGCUGCCCUCCAGGAGAUGCCCCCCACACGGGUCCUUGCCCUGCGUCAGCAGACCCAGUUUCUAUGGGAUGCCUACUUCUCCUCAGUGGAGAAAGUCAUCCAUACCACUCUGGAGAUUAUUCAGGACCGGAUCUUUGGAGCAUCUGCUCACCCCUCGCUACUGUGGAACAGCCCCCCAGGCGCCCUCCUGGCCCUGCCCACUUUUUCCACAAGCCCCUUGGACUUCCCCUUCUACCACCUACAACGGGGCUCUCGGCCUGUGGGCAGGUUCAGCGCCCUGAUCUGGGUGGGGGCCCCAGGCCAGCCCCCGCUGAAGCUCAUCCAGGCGGUGGCAGGCUCCCAGCACUGUGCCCAGAUCUUGGUUCUCUGGAGCAGUGAGAAGCCACCCCCACCCAGGUGGCCCAAGACGACAGUGCCCUUGACAGUCCUGGAGGGGCAGAGGAAGGUCAGUGACCGCUUCUUCCCGCACAGAGCCAUCAGCACUGAUGCCGUCCUCAGCCUUGACGCCCAGAGCAGUCUUACCACAAGUGAGGUGGACUUCGCUUUUGUGGUGUGGCAGAACUUCCCUGAGCGGAUGGUGGGCUUCCUGACAUGGAGCCACUUCUGGGACGAGGCCCGGGGUGGCUGGGGCUACACUGCCGAGAGGGCCAACGAGUUCUCCGUGGUUCUCACAUCAGCUGCCUUGUACCACAGGUAUUACCACACCCUCUUCACCCACUCCCUGCCCAAGGCUCUGAGAGCCCUGGCAGAUGAAGCACCCACCUGUGUGGACAUCCUCAUGAACUCCCUAGUAGCAGCAGUCACCAAGCUGCCCCCUCUCAAGGUGCCCUACGGGAAGCAGCAUCUGGAGGCCAGACCUCCACUGGCGCCUGGGGGCCCCGAGUCGCAGCUGCCAGCCCAGGACUGCAUCAAUCGGAUGGCGGCGGAGUUCGGCUACAUGCCCCUGGUUUCCUCUCGCCUCCGUCUGGACCCAGUACUCUUCAAGGACCCCGUGUCCGUGCUGCGCAAGAAGUAUCGCAGCCUGGAGAAGCCCUAGGAAGGACCAACAGAGCCCCAGCCCUGCUCCCAGGGGGCACUGCACCUGCGGGGGAGGGGGGGGGUCAUCCCCCUCCCUUGGGACAUCUGGAGAGCCGAUCAAGGCUGACAGCCAACACGUCAGAUCCCUAUUAGCCAACCAGCCCAACGCCCCGAACUGCGGGGCCUCGCCCCACCCUCCAGUCCCACGGCUAGUGGCGGGUCACAGGUGCCAGGCGCUUGCUCUGCGACUGUGCCCUCACCCAUCGCUGAUACUUUGCCUGGAAUGCCUUUCUCGGCUUCUCUGCGGGAGCUGAGUUCUACCUGUCUUUCAGAUCUCCGCCUCCUCCACGGACUUGCCUGACCCCCAUCCCCGACCCAGGUCCUCUGCGCUUUCACAUCUGGGUGUUUCCCACACUGUUCAUGCUGCUUUGCGAGGUACAGGACCAGCCAGGAAGCCCCGGGAGGGCAGGGCCAUGUCCUCUUCUCUCUGGCCUGGCAGGUGCUUCACAAGUAUUUGACGGAUAGAAGACAUCAACUGCGUGCCUGGCCCUGCGCGGUAGUCGGGAUUGUGGACAGUGUGCCAAGUGAGACAAAACUCCGUCCCCCACCCCCGGUUCCUAGUCCGGCGGUAAAGCAGCUACCCGCAGACGCCUGGGUUGCCAGGCGCGAUCUUCGCACAAAGAGAGGCUGAGAAGCCAGUUUCGGGGCUUCCUGCCCGAUCUGGCAGAGCAGGGGCCGGGGGAGAAAGAGGAUGAGAACGCCAGGGGUCCGUGCCGGCCCAGCUCAGCGCUCUGCAUUACCAGCCACGACCACUAGAGGUCAGCGCCGCACCGCGCUCCCUCUUCCCGGAAAGGGAAUGGCGUUGUAAGCGACCCCUUCGGUCCCGGGUAAGGGGAUGUGGAGUGCUGGUGGGCUGCAGCCCGAGGUCUAAAAACGGGGGGGAAGAAUUUGAAAGAACAGCCCCACUCCUUUGGCCCACAUACUCAGGACUAAGAAGCCAUUUCUAGAUGGCUGGGUGGGAGAUGGGGCUGUCGGGGGCACCCUGGCCAUGGCAGUGGAGUGGGGGAAGGGCUGCUGGGUUCUCCAGGGUUCAUCCACCUGUAACUGGAAUUAUCACUUCCGAAAUAAAGUGCGUGUCCUUGCCCCCUCA